AUGCGACGCGGCCUGGGGUUGCAAGUGCCCUCAAUAUUAUAUGAUUUACAAUGUCUAAGAACUUCAUCAAUUUCAUCAUCAUUGCAUUUAACUCCAAGAUCUAUACGGCGUGUGCCAAUUAUACCAAAUGCUUUAAUAUAUACAAGACAAUUCAAUUCAACCAGGUAUCAAAAAAGUGAAAUAUCAUUACUUAAACCUGUCAAAGUCCAAGAUCAAGAAUCUUCAAAUUCAUCAUCAUCAUCAAAUACAUCAAAUACACCAAAUUCAUCUGUAAAUAGUGAUACAACAAAAGCAACAACAAUCCCAACUGCAUCUACAACAACCUUUAUACCAGACCAAGAAGGCGAUAAACUUCUCAAACAAAUUUUUUACUACAUUCAUAAAGAACAUUAUAUUGAUUUAUAUCAUUAUAUAAUAUAUACCAAAAAUGAUCUCUCAACAGAACAACUAGAGGUUAUUUUCAAAGAAUUAGAGAUUCGUAAAAAAUACAAAUCAAUCAUGGAAAUUCAUAAAAAAUUACCAGCUUUAUCAUUCAAGAAUCCACAAAUUAUUAAAACAUUAUUACGUGUAACUUUCAAUGCUGAAGAUUAUACAUUAUUUGAUGCAGUUUUUUCAAAAUAUUUAAAAGAAUGUGAUCAUUCAGCAAGAUAUUGUAAUAUGGCUUUGAGAGCAUAUUCUAAGAAUAGAAAUUUAGAAUUUACUAAACAAUUAUUAUAUCAAAUGAUUCAAUCACAUCUUCCCAUGAGUUCAAAAUCUUUUGAAAUUUUCAUUAAAUCUGUUAAUAAUUCAGGAACUUUCCAAUCUGUUAAAUUUGCAGUUGAUUUAUUGAAACAAAACCCACAGAUAAAAGUCACUGGGAAUACAUAUUCAGAAAUUAUUGAAUAUUAUGUUCGUUCGGCAACUUCACAAGAAAUGGAGGAAAUUUCAAUCUUUUUAAAAUCAAAAAAACAUGAUUUAUAUGAAAUUGAAGUUUAUAAAUUCUUACAAAAUUUAAAAAAUAAUGAUUUUCAUGAUUAUGAUAAAGUUUGGUUAGAAAUUAAUGAAAUUAGAUCUAAAUUACAAAAAAAUUCAAGAUUUCAAGAAGUUUUCUAUAAGAAACUUUCCAGUAUAUUUCUCAAAAAACUAAGAGUCGGAGAUUUAUUAAAAACAAUGGAAUCUUUAACAGAGGAUGGAUUGGAAAUGAAUGAUUUUUUCCAAUCAAGGGUCCUUUUAUAUUUCAGUAGAUCUGGUGAUGUUAAAGGUCUUAUAGAUUAUUACAAAACAUUAAAACAACAAAACAUUCAUAUUCAACCUAUACAUAUUAAUACACUUUGGAAAUCAAUUAUUAAAAUGGAACCUGAUUUAUCAGCUGAUAUAACUAAAAGAUUUCAAAAAUUUUUACCAAAAUUAUAUACAAAAGAACAAUUAUCAUCAAGAUACUUGAAAAACAUCAAAGUAAUGACAAUUAGAAACUUAUAUAAUAUUAAGAGACCAAUUGUUCCAGAUGAAUACUUGAAUAAAAAAUUGGAGUUAGUGAAGGAUUUGAUUGCUGAAAAAAAAGAUGCUGAGAUAAUGUCCAUGAUAAAUACUCAGUUAAGAUUAGGUUUAAAACCUAAUUAUUUACUAUUGAUAACUUCAUUAUAUGGACUUGUUAAUAUGAGAUCAAAGGAAUCAGAAAUUUUAUAUACUUUAUGUUGUAAAAUUGAUAAAGAUAACUUAGUUGAAUAUGAAUUAGCAUGGUUGAAAAAUUCAAUUUAUGAGUUAUUAGAAUCUACUAAAAAUGGUCAUGAAAUUAAAGAAAGUGGUAAAAGUUUAGUUCAAGAUCUUAGAUUAAAACAUCAAGGAAGACUGUCUCAUGUUCAUUAUAAUGAUUUAGCUAAUAUGAGUAUUAAAGCUUAUAACACAGAUUUAGCAAUUGAAAUAUUACAAGAAUCACGAAACUCCAUUAUAGAAAUACAAAAAGAUGAUGAAAUUAAUUUAUUUAUUACAUUAACAAAUGCUUGUGUUAAAAGUAAAGAUAUGGAUUUAUAUUUUAAAGCAUUAGAUUUAGUGAUUAAUUUACCAAACUUAAGACUUAAUCGUUAUUUAAUUCGUCAAUUGGAAAGUCAUAGAAAUUAUCUUUCCAAAAAAGAAAGAAUGUUGAUUAUUGGUGAAAUGAAACAUCCUAAAUAUGAAUUACAAAAAAGGCUUGAAUUUUUAAGGAUUAGAUUUAGAUCACAGAAAAUAAAAUCCAUUGAAUUAUGUUCAGAAUGUCUAGAAUUUUUAGAAGAAUGGGAUAAGAGUACAUAA